GUUACCAGAAAUGAGCUCCGCUGCAGGAUUUGACACAAAAAGCAAGCAAUGCAUAUUGGCAGGAUGACAUGUAAGCUCGGCGCGCAGCACAAGAACAUACACAUUCAGGAGCAGUGAUUUUGGCCAAAAGUGUGACUGGCUUUAAAGACUUCUGAUAGCUAAACUAUGGAGGAAAUUCUUAUGUGACUUUCCACAAGAAAAAUUAAAUCAGGAGCCAAAAGGUGCCAUCAUAAAGUAAGUAGGCAUUUUUUUUUACACAUACAUACAUAUUUAUAUGUAAAAUAUUCAGGUGCUUUGGCUUUAAAAUAGAAUGAGAACAGACUCAAGUUAAUGUUUGGUAAGAAAUUCAGUAACUACCACAAAUGGCUUGUAGACAUGUUCUGGCAUAAUAUGGCACAAAAAACAUAAUCUUAUAAUGAUCAUAGAUGUAAAUGUACCUCUUUAAAUUAUCUGUGAUAUCUGUUAGACAGCAGAGUGACUGAAGAGUGCGUGGCACUGGGGAAAGGGAACACAAAAGGCAUUUGAGGACAAAAACUGAAUAGAGGAAGUUUUAUGUCUUUUGGGCAUUUCUCUCUAUCUGUAUUGCCACUUUUUAAUCUUCUGAUGGGCUGAAGAAAAAGGAGGAAAACACUAGAACACUUCAUAUGUGUGCAUGUAUGUCAGAGACUCACCCAAAACAAUCCAGAACUGGGUUUGAAACUGAAAACAUGAUCAGACAGGUCCAGCUGCUUGAGUGGUUUGGCUGGUGCUUUUUAAAGCACUGAGCUGCACCUUUUUCAACACCAGACGAACUACUUUUAUUUGAUUUCCCAACAAGCUGAUUUAACAGAUUUGGUAUUGUUGGUGCCAAUUACAUCUAUAUAGUAACAACGGGCAGCCUCCACAUUGUUAUUACUUGUGUAUUGUUUACAUCAUUUAAAUAACUUGAGAUGAAUAUAUUGACAAUAGUUCAGGUAAUAGUUUUUUUCUUUUUUUCUCUUUAUGUAAAAGACCACAGUAGCUUUUAAACGUGAUGGUGACAUUCUCACCUUUUUGCAUGACUGUUGUACUACAUUGACCAAAUUUCCUUUUCUGUCUCACAGCUGUACCACCAUGUCAGAUAACGGGACCUUAAACUACUCAGAAAUGUAUGACUAUGAUUACAAUGAUACCUGCAAUCCGGAUUCAAGUUCGGAUUUCAUUGGAUCCAUGGUCUUAACAGUGCUUUGCUAUGUGCUGUUUUGUGUUGGUAUUCUAGGAAACAGCGCAGUCCUGUGGGUCCUCCUGCGACAUGUUAAGCUCAGAACUAUGACUGAUGUAUGUCUUCUCAACCUGACUCUGUCAGACCUCUUAGUGGCUGUAUCACUGCCCCUCUGGGCCCACAGUUCCCAGAACCUCGGCUUAUGCAAAAUAAAAACAGGAGUUUAUCAGUUAGGCUUCUACAGUGGGACCUUGUUCGUGACCUUCAUGAGCGUGGACCGCUACCUGGCCAUCGUCCAUGCCGUGGCAGCCAUUCGAGCCCGGACACGUCGCUACGGCAUCACAGCCAGCAUCAUUAUUUGGGCGAUAUCUGUCACUAUGGCAACCCCUCGGGUAGUAUUUGCCUCCUUGGAGUCUGAUGAUAACGUCUCAGAGUGCCAGCCCAUCUACCCAGAAGACACAAAGCAUUUCUGGAAGUUGCAGCGCAACUUCAGUGAGAACACAGUGGGCCUUUUUCUGUGCCUUCCCAUCAUGAUUUUCUGCUAUGUGAAAAUCCUCAUUGUGCUGUCAAAGUCCAGGAACUCUAAUAGGAACAAGGCUGUGAAGCUGAUUUUCAUCAUUGUGUGUGUGUUUGUGGUGUGCUGGGUUCCCUAUAAUGUUGCAGUUUUUUUCGAAACACUGGAGGUGUUUGACAUAAACCUGGGACCCAACCCCUGUGUGAGUUCAAUAGCCCUCAACACUGCCAUGAGCAUUGCUGAGAUUAUCGCGCUGUCCCACUGCUGUGUAAAUCCAGUGAUCUACGCAUUUGUAGGAGAGAAGUUUAGGAAGUCAUUGAACAAGGUGAUGGCUAAAUACUUUGGUUGGAGUUACCCAAGCAGUGGUCCUUACAGCCACAGAGAUACCACAGACAAAGAAACCUCCAACACACCUGUAAGAUCAGAGUAUUAAAAAUGGGUUAUGUGCUUUGCUGAUGGGUGUAACUGUUUCCGCAGCACUGGAUUUUUUUUUUUUAUUUGAAACUGAGAGACUACAAAGAUCACAAAUUGUGUGUGUGUGUGUGUGUGCGUGUGUGUGUGUGUGUGAGCGCACGUGUGUGUGAACGCAUGUCUGUGGUUAGUACUUCUGAGUGGUGUAAAACAAUUCUCAAAACCAAUUUGCAGUUACAAGCAUUCAGUUUUGAAACUGCUUAAAACAAAACACAUGCAUCAAAACAUAAAUGUCGUGUUUAUUCACAGUUUGUAACACAAUCUUAUUUUUGAAAAAAUAAAAUUAUUGAACAAAAAAAA